AUGCCCUGCCCUAGCCGUGAUGAGAUCGGCUUUGGACCAAGCUCAGAUCCGGAACGCUGGGAUCGAUUCUUUGCCUUGUCGGAAGAUGCAAUCAAUGACGCUCUGGGAAAGCUUUUCGAGCAGCGGAAAGAGCACAAAGAGCUAAUUUACAGCGGCUCACCGGAGUCUGGUGCGCUCAAGGCGACAGUCCUUCAGCCUAUGGUUCGGUUUGAGCCGGAGCACGAGGGUUGUGUCACCCUUGUCGUACCUAUUCAUACUGGUACAAUCCAACACCAAGACGUUACCGUGGACUUGGAAGGGUGGCAGCUUGCUGUUAAUGUCCAGCUUUCCUCGCUACUCUCCCCUUCUGAUGAUGCCAUCAAGAUGGAAAAUGGCACCGACAGACAACCGACCAAGCUCCUUGCUGGGGAGUACUCGAUUUAUCGUCUGUUUGCUGCCUUGUCAGAAGCUCCGUGGACGCUGAACGAAACAUCAACACUGGUCCAGCACGAGAACAAGGGUGUUCCUCUCCUGGAACAUCUGGAGAACAACGUAGAGCCGAGCAAGUCAGCUUUGAUCUUGGAGGCUCUCAAGGAAUGGGCAACCAACCAUGAGACGUCGGACUUUUACACUCUGGGCCUUGACCUUCAGUUGCCCACCAUACAAGAUGACUCCUUGACCCCUACCCACGAGGCCACAUCUUUACAUGUUCAACUGUCUUACUAUGUGUCGGACGACGAAUACGACAACGCAAUUGAUCAAGGUAAAGAACCACAGGGAUCGAAGCAAAACAGACGCGGCUGCCUGGUAUUCUGCGAGAAGAUCAACUCGAGGCAACCACCGGAGUCUCGUGAGCUCGAAUUCACUGCGAACCUGGCGAAUGAGCAAAACAAGCUCGUCAAACAGCCAGGAGGAGCGCUCGGAACGGCUGCCAUUCGCAGAGCCGCCUUCUUUGGCAUGUACCUCUUGCCUGAACUCCAGCAGAUUUGUGCAGGGAUUCACCUUGUCCCAAUCGAGCCCUUGUACAAGAUCAAUCACGCGAAAUCUGGUAUUAUGAGGUACCGCAUUGAACCCACCAUCUUUGAUUCAAAGCUCUCAGAUGCCGUCUCCGAAAAAGACAGAAGACUCAUCGCAGAGGCAAGACCAUCCGACCCGAGAGAUGCAUUCUAUGCCUUUGAACGUCAACAAGACACAGCGUGGCUUUGGAAGAAAACCUCAAAGGCUCCCGGAAACAGAUCAUCUGUCCACAAGUUUGAGGACAAAUGGGACGCAGUCUACGAUAUGACAACCAAAACUUCCGUCAAUGUCGAGACGUUUCCUGGUACAUCCCGGGUAGUACUGAAGGCACAGUCCAAAUUUGUCUCUAUAUAUAACCAAGAGGACCCCCGUUCCAUGUCAAAUGGAUGGGUUGGUACCAGCGACGAAAUCAACAUCAAGUUCAAGCUCGUCAUUCAACUAGCCAACGACGAAGGAAGUGGUGAAAACGGAAUCAUCACCCCCGUGAUUUCGAAUCUCAACACAGCUACUGGUCUGCCAUCCAAAUAUAAACUGGAUAUCGGCUACCCGUACUGUAACUCCAUGACCCUGAACGGCCGCGUCUACCAGCAAGAAGAAUUGUUGGUCAAGCUUAUGCAUAUGCACAGGAACUUGUUCUCCGAAAUGACGAACAGGUUCCAGCGAGCGGGUCGCUUUGUUGCUCCGGGAACGUCCAGCCUCGAUUUCAAAGAUCCGAAAAUCACCCACCAAGGGGAUCUCUGUUGGCAUCUGAACUAUCGACCGUUGAGUGAAGGUCGAGUCAGUGUUCGCCCAUGA